UAGAAGCUUUGAAAAAGGUUGUACUUUCUUUGGGUGGCAUUGUAGUUGACAAUCCCAUUGAGGCUACCUAUUUAGUGAUGACCCGUGAAAAUCGUACCUGUAAACUUAUACAAGCGGUAUGUCAUGUUGAUUUUGUAGUCAAAUCCCAAUGGCUGGUGGAUAGUGCUAAAGCUGGCAAAUUCCUACCUGCUGAACCAUACAAAAUCGAUUGCAUACCAGUGGAUGAGAAUCUUAAAUUCCCUUUGGAAAAAGUGCUGAAUUCUACAAUACGUUCAACUUUAUUUGCUGGCAAAUAUUUUUACGUGACACCUGAUGUAUUUCCGGCACGUUCUGAAAUUGUUCGAAUGAUCGAAUCAUCAGGAGGCAAAGUAGAAGAGAAACGCCGUACUGCACAGGCUAUUGCAGAUAUCUACACUCAAGCUCUCGAUUCCUACAUAAUUGUUACAUGUCCCAAUGAUAUGCAUCUAUGUACCGAUUUAAUACGUUUCGGCAAUCCUAAAUGUUUAAUAGUAUCGACUGAAUUUGUAAUGAGUUCAAUUUUAAAGCAAUCAUUAGAAAUUGAACAAAAUAUUAUGCCGCUCCUCUACAAUAACAGCUAUGCUGGGGGCAACAAAACUAACAAAUAACCUAAGCAUAGUUUAAGUUUCCCCGCCAUAUGUACAUAUGUACAUUAUUUGCAUGUUAUAUAUAAUUAAAAACGCUGAGA